CUCAAUCCAAACUUGCUAGUGUUACCUAAUUUCCAAAGAUAUUUCAAUCAGAAAUGCUUCUGUGAACAAGGUCAAACCUUGCCAGUGGAGUGUGGCAGAGGCUCAGAGAAUCCUUCUCAGCCUAAGUCACCAGCAGAUGACCUUGAACUAGACAUUCUAGAGUUUAUUUCAACCCAGAGUUCAUCUGUGCAGUGGGAAGAAGGAUUCUCUAAUGCCACAAUUGCUCAUCUCAACUUUCCCUCAAAUGGCAAUGGCUGGUCUGCAAAGCAGGAGCUACAAACUCUCUGGGAGAUGUUCACCUUCUGGUUGCAGCCAGAAAAGCAGAGGGAGGAGCAGGUGAUUUCUCUAUUGGUUGUGGAGCAAUUUCUAAAAACUGGGUGCUGCCAGAACAAGUUUGCCUUGAAAGAGAAGUAGGAAUCAAGUGGCAGAAACUUGGGGCGAUUCAGGGAGGAUUUGACAGAUGAGUGCUUGAAGCCUCCUGUCAUGGUUCACGUUUCAAUUCAGUGACAGGAAGCCCUCUUUUCUGAGAACAUGCCAUUAAAAGAAGUGAUCAAUAUUUUCAUAGAACAGCAAUCAUUAAGAACUGCAACACAGCAGAAUGCAAGGACACCCUUGCAGUUUCUCACAAGACAUGUUAUUGGCAACAGGUCCCAGGAUGUGUCUCUGACACCCGAUUGUUAUGAAUAUGUCCCUAUGGAGGAUCUAGGAUUACUUUUCAGUCCACAAAUGUCUACCCAUGAGCCUGUUCUUCUUUGCCAUAUUCAUAAAGCCAACUACAUAUGUAAGGGUCACCAGGGAAGACUCCACAGAAAUCUCAAACCAUACAAAUGUGAAGAAUGUCCCAGAUCCUUUACAUGCCCCUAUAAGCUCUCAGUUCACCAGAGAAGACACAGG